GCACCAUCGAUAGCCCGCACUGACCAGUAGAGAUGAGAGUGAUUCUCCUAGCGAGACAACAACAAAAUUCACUGCGUAAUUAAUUAAAUAUUUUAGUAAAAUCGAGGCGCACCACAAAGAAACAACUCGUCGAGUGUUCAAUAGUGUUCAAACGCCAAAGCCAAAAGAGAGACCCCCAAGUAAGCCAACCCCACGAAAUACAUCGAAAUGUCAGGCCGUAAGAAAUCCCUGCUGAAAGUCAUCAUCCUUGGCGACAGUAGUGUGGGCAAGACUUCGCUCAUGAAUCAGUAUGUAAACAAACGCUUCUCCAACCAAUACAAAGCCACAAUCGGAGCGGACUUCUGCACGAAAGAAGUGGUGGUCAACGACCGAGUGGUCACAAUGCAGAUCUGGGACACUGCUGGUCAGGAACGUUUCCAGUCGCUUGGAGUGGCAUUCUACCGCGGCGCCGACUGCUGCGUGCUGGUCUACGAUGUGACGGCGCCCAACUCGUUCAAGAAUCUCGACUCGUGGCGCGACGAGUUCCUCAUACAGGCCAGUCCACGCGAUCCCGAGCACUUCCCCUUUGUGGUGCUGGGCAACAAAGUGGACCUGGACAACCGCCAGGUGUCCACGCGUCGAGCGCAACAGUGGUGCCAAUCGAAGAACGACAUACCCUAUUACGAGACGUCCGCCAAGGAGGGAAUCAAUGUGGAGAUGGCGUUUCAAGUCAUAGCAAAGAAUGCGCUGGAGUUGGAGGCGGAGGCUGAGGUUAUCAACGAUUUCCCCGAUCAGAUCACCUUGGGCUCGCAAAACAAUCGUCCUGGAAACCCCGACAACUGUCAGUGCUAAUGUAACAACGCAGCCUGGAGAAUUACACAAUUUAUAUUAUUAAAUAAUAUUUCCAACAUAAUAAUGAACAUGAGAAGCAAAUAACACAAAGGACGACGGAGGAAAGUGUUCUAUGAUUAAGUAAAACAAUUUCAGCAAAACAGCAUAGUAAUUAAUUAAUUGAUAGGAUGCAAAGUUCAGAUUCAGAUCAACAUCAGCAGAUUCUAAACGGGCCUCUGGCAAGGGCUUUACCAAUACACCCAACUUCCUAAAACCUAAGUAAACCGUUCAAUGAAUAAGUAUGCUCUGUGUACUCGUAUUUAAUAACUCAUGUUUCUGACCGCCCGCCUAUCUCCCUAGUACUAUUUUUGCCAUUGUAUUAGUCAAAUUUUGCACGCAACGCUGCUGGCUUUUGCAACAGAACAGCAACAUUAAGAAUACAAUAACAGAGUAUCUUCAAAACAAACAAAAAAUCUUGUGAUUGUAAAUUUAAUAAAAAGAAAACUUUUUUAAUGUAAUUAAGGACAUAAUUUCCUGCACUACCAAAUUGGCAACUCAAUCGUAAUUGGCUCAGCUCCACACAACUCUCUUUUGCAAAACAUUUGAGCGUGAAUUUUGUUUAGUUAUAACGUUACUCGAUAUAUCCUAUAACUAUUAAUAGUAUUCCAUGUAAAAUUUCUCCUUGUUUUGGUAAUACAUAUAUGUAAAUUGCGAAUAUUUGGUAUGUACUUUAUUCCACUGAAUUAUUUUUUAAAUUUUCAUGCUUUGUGGUUUAGUUUAAAAAAUAAACAAUGAAAAAUUUACAAUAAAACAUAAUUAA